UAUGUGACAAAGAACAUGGGCCACAGUCAGGGCGGUUUUCUCCACCGAACCGAUCUGAGCCUAGUCAAAGCUUUGGAUUCUUCUAAGGGUCACAGGACCUUGUUCUGGAGCCAGCGGAGCAAGACUGGGGUCUCCCUGCCUAAGGCUCGCCUCAAGUUCCCCAUCGACUACCCUUACUCUCCACCAGCCUUUCGGUUCCUGACCAAGAUGUGGCACCCAAACAUCUAUGAGACAGGGGACGUAUGCAUCUCCAUUCUCCACCCACCUGUUGAUGACCCACAGAGUGGGGAGCUGCCCUCGGAGCGGUGGAACCCCACACAGAACGUCAGGACCAUCCUCCUGAGUGUGAUCUCCCUGCUCAACGAGCCCAACACCUUCUCACCGGCCAAUGUGGAUGCCUCAGUGAUGUACAGAAAGUGGAAAGAGAGUAAGGGGAAGGACCGGGAGUACACGGACAUCAUCCGGAAGCAGGUCCUGGGGACCAAGGUGGACGCAGAGCGCGAUGGCGUGAAGGUGCCCACUACGCUGGCCGAGUACUGCGUGAAGACCAAGGCGCCGGCGCCCGAGGAGGGCGCGGACCUGUUCUACGAGGACUACUACGAGGACGGGGAGGUGGAGGAGGCAGACAGCUGCUUCGGGGACGACGAGGACGACUCGGGCACCGAGGAGUCCUGACACCUCGUCCACCGAAUAAACUCUGAGAUUUUACCUCAUGGGACGGACGCUGGCUCUCUCGACAGGCUACCUCACGGCACUGCCUUGCCCUGCUCUGGGCGGCGCGUUUGGGUGUCCUUCCUUCCCCGUGCGGUUCUGGGUUCUCCUCGCUCCAGAGAAGAGCCGGGCUUGGGCUUGCCGGCCCCCUCCUGGGAUGGCAGAGCCAGCAGAGCCGCAGCAGCCAGGGUCGUGGGCGGGCCCCAUCCAGCAGCUUCGAGGCUGGGGUCCUAGCUCCUGGAUGGACGGACUGCUUUGAGGUCACUCCUUUCUGCUGUGGUUUGUUUGAAAUCUAAAUAAAACUGCCUGCGAGGAGGCAGACCACUCCUCCUUCAGGGAGGCACCAGGGCCAAGGUCAUCACACUGCUGGUCCCUUUGCCUCCACAGUGGGCCAAGGAGGGGUGGGUCAGAGCCAUGUCCCUGGGCCUGAUGGUCACCUCUCCACCUAGGAGAUGGGGUAGUCAGGGAACCCCCCAGUUGCCUUUGAGGGAAAGGGCCCCAUCCACAGAAGCCAGUGGCCCUUCCUGGACGCUCAGGGCCCAAGGUGGACUCUGCUGCUUCCCAAGGGUGCCUCUCACACUGGUGGCAAGUGGGACACUGCUGGUCUUGUGUCUGUGCAACUGAAAGGCCCAGAAUGGCUGGACUCAGGAAUUGGACUCGCUGACCUUGGAAUUGCUUGGAUGCCCAGGGUCAAGGGUAUAUGCCUGGACCCAAGUGGGCACAGUGCGGUAGGCCCUGGACCGCACUGCUGGUGGGUGCAGCUUUGCCACUUGUUUGCUUUUGUUUGCUUGGGUUUUAUUUUGGACAGUACUGGGAGUGGCCCAGGGCCUCGUGCUUUGUAGCAUGCUCUCGGUCCUGGGUUCAGUCCCUAAUACUGCCCAAAAUGGGGCAGGGUGUCUCACUAAGUAGCCCAAGCUGGUUUCAAACUUACAGUCCUUCUGCCUCAGCCUCUUGAGUUGCUAAGGUGAUGGAGGUGGCCACUGUGCCUAUGAAUUUCCUGUUCAAAACUUGCUUUUUUUUUUUUGGUACUGGGCAUUGAAUCAGGGCACUUUAUAAAGCUGUGUCCCCAGCACUUUUUAAUCAUGUGAAGCUGGGUCUCACCCCAUUGCCCAGGCUGGUCUUGAACAUAGUCUUCAAGCCUUCUGAGUGGCUGAGUGACGGGCAGGUACAGGCCCUGCGGCCUCUGACCCUGUGGUGUGCUGCAGCCAGGCACAGCCCCUGCCUGCUGCCCCCCCUGCCUGCUGCCCCUUCCACUGGGAGCCAGUCACAAGGGAGGGGUGGGGAGUGGGUGUUAACAAGAGGACAGUUUGGGUUUGGGCAGAAGCGUUGGAGGUGGGUGGUGGGCAUACUACAGAGCUUUCCCGUACAAAACGGGGAACUGUGUUUGUUACCACAAAAAUAAGGAGAGGCCUGAGGUGUGGCUCAGGCAGAGUUCUCCUGAGUGCAGCUGCACCAGGCCCUGGGCUCCAUCCCCAGCACCAAGGAGGAGUCACUCUGAAGCCUGACCGCACAGACGAGGUGGGGAUUGGAGCACUGUAUUAAACCAUAAGGAAGUUUGGUAGUCUCACA